AUGCCUGAUAGCAUCACCCACGAGGCAGCUUCCAUUGAGAAGCACGUACGGCCCAUAUCUCAACCUGACACGGAGCCACACGUCGAUGUUGAGCUUCAUCCUGGCCUCGACCCCGACCAAGAACGUCGAGUAAGGCGUAAAAUUGAUUGGAACCUCAUGCCGAUGGUAAUGGGAUUGUAUCUCGUGGCCAUCCUGGAUCGCUCAAACAUUGGCAACGCGAGGACCGCUGGCAUGGCUACUGAUCUCGGCUUCGAUGACGCCCAUUAUCAGUGGCUAUUGACCAUAUUCUACAUUCCGUACAUUCUUUUCGAGCCUCUGGCAUUUAUGUGGAAGCUGGUCCCACCUCAUAUGUGGGCUGCUGGUUGUGUUUUGAUAUGGGGCAUAUCAUCCACUUUACAAGCUGCUGCCUUCUCGUGGUCCGGCCUUAUGGCCUGCCGUUUCUUCCUCGCCGCAGCCGAGGCCGCCUACGGCCCAGGGAUUCCCUAUCUACUCUCCUUCUUCUACAAGCGUCGGGAGCUAGGCCUGCGCUGUGCCAUCUUCUUCUCCGCCGCACCACUAGCCAACACCUUUGCUGGCGCCUUGGCCUACGGUAUCACCUCAGGACAUACGAAAAUUGCUAGCUGGAGACUUCUUUUCCUGGUUGAAGGUUUACCCUCAAUCCUCAUGGCUGUCGUAGCGUAUGGGUUUAUGCCUGAUUCGGCUGACACGGCUCGCUUUUUGUCGCCAGAGGAACGGGAGAUUGCCAAGUUCCGUGCUAUACAGCAAACAGGUCAAGAAGGCAGGUCCAGAAUUGGCAAUGUACAGCUCAAGGAAGUUUUUGCUAGCCUCGGCGACUUGAAAACGUGGAUCCCACCCUUGAUGUACUUCUGCAUCAAUGUCUCUUUCAGCUCCCUCCCUGUCUUCCUUCCCGACAUCAUCUACCAUAUGGGGUUCUCCUCGGUCGAUGCGCAGGGUCUGACGGCACCUCCCUAUCUGCUCGCCUUCUUCCUAUGCCUAGGGACGACUUAUAUAGCUGAUCGAACAGGCCAGCGCGGAAUUAUGAUUGCCUCCGUUUCUGUGAUAGGAGGCGCAGGUUAUAUUGUGUUAGGCGUCUGCACAUCGGUGGCUGCGCGAUAUGUAGGCGUUUUCUUGGCUGCCGCCGGCAUGUUCCCAGCUAUUGCCAACAUUCUUCCCUGGUCGAUCAAUAACCAAGGCAGCGACUCGAAGCGAGGCGCAGGCAUUACAAUCAUGAACCUCGUCGGCCAGUGCGGCCCCCUCCUCGGCACCCGGCUUUUCCCACAAAACGAAGCCCCCUACUACUCAAGGGGGAUGUAUGUUUCCGCUGGAUGCCUAUUUAUGACUGCCCUCUUAGCACUAACACUCCGCACAUUGCUCGCUUGGGAGAAUAAGAGGUUUGAGCAGAGGGAUCAGGCUCUCAUGGCAGCUGCAUCAGUUGGUUCCGCUGCACGAGAUAAAACGAGUACGGUUCGCUUGGUUGGGGUUGAGAACGAAGGUUUCGGCUUUCUAAAUGUUCUUUGA